AAUCCCCUCUCACUCUUAACUCCCUGCCUUCUCCAGCCCAAUGCCUCUGCCGCCUCAAUGCUGCCACCGCCUCCAGACGCAACCUCAUCGCUACCUCUACGCCCGCCGCCUCUAGAUUGGGGUUUUGCUAGUAAGGUUUGAUCACCCCCUCUUUAUUUCAGUUGAUGGCUAAUUAAUUUUGUUGUCUGUGUGCGGUGAUUUCCUGAUGAUUUCAAUUGAUGUGAAGCUAGAACUGAACAUGGUUUCUCCUACUCUGUUUGUGCGGUGUCUUUGUGUUGAGUAUGUUGGAUUUAUGUGGAAUCCAGCAUUGUAUAAAAAGACGAAACAGAUCUCAGUCAUUUUUUUCUGAUUGGGGGUUCCAAUUGAAGUUCUCUAUAUAUAUAUAUAUAUACAUGCGUAUUUGCAUGUUGAUUGGUGAUUUAAGCUGUUGAUUUCAAAUUCCGACGGACACAUUACGGGAAACGACGCCAUUAAGUUCUUCGCUAUGUCCAACUUGCCUAAACAUGAUCUCAAGCAGGAACGAGCACAGAAGAAUACUGACUCUCGUGCAAAACGAAAGUGGGAAUCUAGAAAUGGUUCAAGGAGUACAGCGCGUCAUCACGUUGUUCGUGGAGCUAACUUAGAUGCCCCGACAGGACAUAUUGAGACUUGGCAUCUUCGACAUUGGCAUUUCGAACACGGUUGGUCAUCUCCAGAAUUAGAGGCUAAAUAUGAACAAAUGAUGCAGUUAAGGCGAGAUAAUCCUCCAAAUAAAAUGACUGAUAAGGAUAUUUUAGAAAAGGUCCUUGGAUGACAAUCUGUUCGAUUGUUCGGUUGGGGGUGAUCUCCUAGUACUUUCGAGACAACAUGCACUAGUGAGGAAUCCAGUCGUCCAACCUACAAUGAAUUGGUAGAACAUUUGAACCAAUACAAGUCUCUUUUUCGAGAGCUUCAGGGAGACGUAAACAUGCUGCAACAAGUGUUAAUUGAGAAGAAUAUUAUGCCUUCUCCAUCCACUCCACAUAUACCAUCGGAUCAUAGUUCAAGACGAUCCCGCCUCGGCCAUUCCCAUCUCGACCCAUCCAGCUCCAGCCACUCCCUCCAUUCUACUGAAUAGGAGUUUGGCGACGAGAUUUAAUAAUUUGUUUUAUUCUUUUUUUUUUCAUAUAUGUUUGAACUUUUUAGGUGACUUCAUGAUUUUAUGCUUAUUUUGUGACUUUAUGACUUUUUUGGUGCGUAUAUAUUUGAACUAUAUUGUAAUAGAUGUUUCAACAAUUGAAAUUUUAAAUAUACAAUUUUAGUUUUGUUCACACAUAAUAUGUUUUUUAGCCACACAUAUAAAAAUUAUCCUCUCAUAUAGAAAUUAUUUUUUAUAUUAUUGCCCACACAUAAUAUAUUUAUUACCCACAUUAUAAUUUUUUUUACCCACACAUAUUCAAAAAAAAUUUAAAUUAUUAUCCACGCAUAAUAUUUUUUUUACCUACACAUAAUGUUUUUUACCCACACAU